CAGCAGCAACAACAGCAGCAACAACAACACAGUCAACAGCUUCAAGCACCGGUGUACGUACCGUCGUCGAGGCCCACGGCAAUCCCAUCGGCGGCGACGGCGGCAGCGGCAGCCGCAGCGGCCGCCGCCGCUCAGUACCACUCGUUCCCCGGCUCCGGCUCGCCGCCGACUUGGGAGAAGACCGCGGCAGCGGCGGCCUCGUGGCAGCAUGGGGUCGAGACGUACGCGGCCCACCACGCUCUCGCGGCGGGGCACGCGAGCGGAUCGGCGGCCGCGGCCGCGGCUGCUGCAGCCGCCAUGGGCCAGCACUCGGGCCACCACCCUCACCCUCACCCUCACCCUCAUCCGCAUCCGCACGCGGCCCACCCGCACACCGGACACCAUCACUCCAGCCUCGCCGCCGCCGCCGCCGCUCCGUUUUACGCGCAAAACGUCGCCAUGAUGUCCUCCUGGCGCGCCUACGACGGAGCCGGCUUCCAACGAGCCUCCCCUUACGACACCGCGAUGGACUUUCAAUUCGGCGAGGGUCGCGAGUGCGUCAACUGCGGGGCUAUAUCGACGCCGCUUUGGAGGAGAGACGGCACCGGGCAUUAUCUGUGCAACGCGUGCGGACUCUAUCACAAGAUGAACGGAAUGAACAGACCCCUGAUAAAGCCCUCGAAACGGCUGGUAAGUCGUCGCUGAUGGAAACCAAUCGCGCGCUAUCGUAUUCCCUCCUACCUACCACCCUGUGUUUGAAAAUUGAUCUGAUUCCGCGACAGAUCUCGGAUUGACGAAACGUUGAAAUAAUUGAAAUAAUUAAUCUCGCUGUGUGUGGAUCGUGUGUGCUUCGCUCUCAGACUGGUGGAAUAUCUUUACGUGAUAAUACGAUGCGCGUGUGAGCACGCGUAGAACACGCAACAGCGAGUAAACGCAGCACUUUACACGAGUGUCGCGCAUGUGUGUAGGCGUUAAUGAAUAAUAUACUCCAUCCGUUUAUAUCAGAUCGUGUAUCAGCGUGGUAACCAACCGCGUCAAACACACGUGAACGUGCCAAGCAGUUUUCAUUCCUCUGUUUUCAGCGCACAUCCCUCCUACUGGCUGCUCCACUCGAUAUGUAGAGUGCUUUGAAAGCUUGCUUGGAGAGUUUCUCUUGCGUUGUCGUCUUUAGUUGCUAGGUCAUUCUGGUUCCUUCUUCGUGCAUUUACCUCUUCAUGCUCUCAUCGGCAAUUUCCAAUUCUCGAAAGUAAGAAAACGUCUGUAGUUGGGCCCUUUUCUUGCCAAAAGUCCUACGAUCUGCAUGACAAAAAUCUAUCCGGCUGUCCUUCUCUUUCGUCAUCUUCGAGUCUUUCUUUUGUCUUUCUUGUCCUAUUCGCGCGCUGUCUAACCAACAUUCGAACGAGAAUUUUAUUAUUUGAAUAAUCACGAAUGUUCGAACAGAUUUUGCUUCUUUCCAUAUAAAGCGCCAAAAUUUCAAACGAGCAUCGUGAAAUGAAGUACACGUAUCAAACUGGAUUGAUUUAUUACAACUAGCAUCUAAUUGUAAGAAAACUAGCUUAGUGUACUUGUUAAAAAUUUUCAUAUUUUUUUUUAGUUGAUAUAA